GAGAGACCUUUUUACAUAAACACCUGCAGAAAAAGGCUUCUUCCUUUUUCUAUUGUCCUAUGAACCUUUUCAUGAUAAUGGACAUGUUUUAUAUUUGUUUCUAUUGGGUGACUUAGAAAGAGAGAUUUGAGGGACCUAUGUUGGGGUUGCGCAAAUUCUAGAUAGUUGAAAAGUUGAAUCUUUUGUUUUUUGUUCUUUGUUUUUCUUUUUGGUUGAGUGAGAAUUCUUUUUCAGCAGGGAGAGAUUUUGGUUAUCAAUUCUCUGGGAGAAGAAUAGAGUAGAUUGGAUUUUUUGAAUUCCAGAGAAAGAAUUUUUUGUGGGUUUGAGAGUUUUUUUUUUUUUUUUUUUUUUUUGGAUAAGAGAAUUCCCAAUAGUUGAGAAAGAAAGUUGUAUUUUUUGGCUACAAGAGAGAGAGAGAGAGAGUUGAAUUGGGUAGUCUUGAGAUGUGAUUUUCUCUAUAAAAGGGAACACUGCUUCAGUAGAGGAAGUGUGUUCUUAGUGGAAGAGUCUUUUGAGAGAGAAGCUAUAAGGUUACUUUUUAAUUAUUCAACCAUCCUUGAUCUAUUGGCAUGGCUGUGGUGUGUCCUAUGUUUGCAAUCCACACAGCUUCAGUUCUGUGAACUCAAUUAGGGAUAUUGGGGUCCCUGGAAUCAUGACCACAGUGAGAGAAAUUGUAGAGGAGCCCAAUCCAAUUGUGGUUAAUGACAUAAUAUAUGUUGCUGUUGCAAAAUAUUUGAAAGAUAGCAAAUCAGCUCUGAUAUGGGCUAUACAGAACUCUGGAGGAAAGAAGAUUUGCGUUCUUCAUGUUCAUGUGCCAGCACCUAUGAUCCCCUUGCGUAAGUUUGCAACAUUGGGUGCUAAAUUUCCAGUAAGUGCACAGAAAGAGCAGGAAGUUCUAGCAUACAGGGAAGUUGAAAGACAAGACAUGCACAAGACUCUGGAUGACUAUGUUCUUACCUGUCAAAAAAUGGGGGUGGUGGCAGAGAAACUGCACAUUGAAAUGGAUUGCAUUGAAAAAGGAAUUCUAGAACUCAUCUCCCAAUAUAACAUACAGAAUCUUGUAAUGGGAGCAGCCACUGAUAGGUACUAUUCUAGGAGAAUGACAGACAUCAGAUCUAAGAAAGCCAUCUAUGUAUGUAAACAAGCUCCACCUUCUUGUAAUAUACAAUAUAUCUGCAAAGGGAACCUUAUACACACAAGGGAUUGCAUUUUGUAUAGAGGUAAUGUUGAGGUCAUGUCUACUUUGGUGCAUCAAAUGCCAAAUUCGGGUUCUAUUACAUCAACAUCAACAUCAAUAUCGCCAGUAUCCCAAACUAGUCAGGGUCGGCAAUCUCAAUCUAUUACAUUUGGGCAAAAUCAUUGGGUGAAACUAACUAGUCCAGCUCAAAUGUUAAUAAGUAGAGUAAGGUCUAUCAAUGAUAGAUAUGGAAGGAGCAUUGCAGCUGUUUCUCCGGAAGGGUUUGCAACUCUAGAGAACAGGUUGAGUAGAGAAGUAUGUUCUGAUGAGUCAGAUGGGUUAUCAAGAUGGAGUUCUUCAGUUUUCUCAGUGUGCUCUGAUAGUGCUUCAGUUGAAUCAGCAUUGACCACAUAUUUGAUUAGUGAAGGCAGUGAGAAUGUGUUAGACUUGAGUUUGAGUGGCCUUUCUCUGAUUAAAGAGGAUCUUCAUCACUCAUCACCUCCUAGUGUAUUGGAUGGGGGAAUGGAUGAUACUCUCUAUGAUCAACUUGAACAAGCUAUGGCUGAGGCUGAGAAUGCUAGGCGGGACGCAUAUCAAGAAACUGUUACGAGUGGGAUAGCUCAAAAAAAUGCCAUUGAUGCUAUACGCAGGGCUAAAGCCAGUGAAGUCUUGUAUAAAGAAGAGCUGAGACUAAGGAAAGAGUUGGAGGAAGAAUUAGAGAAAGCAAAAGAACAACUUGAUAAUAUGAGGAGCAUAAGAGACAAAGUUAAUGAGGAACUCCGACUUGCACUGGAUCAGAAGUCAUCACUGGAAAAUCAAAUUGAAUCAACUGAACUUAUGAUAAAGGAGUUGGAGGAGAAAAUGACAUCUGAUGCAGAUCUAUUACAAAACUACAAGAAUGAACUAGAUGAUUUGAAAAUGCAGCGAGAUAAUGCUUUGAGAGAGGCUGAGGAGUUAAAGAGUAAACAAGGAGAGGCCUCAAGCACACAUUUUCUUCAACUCUUCUCAGAAUUCUCUUUUCCAGAGAUCAAAGAAGCAACAAGUAACUUCGAUCCAUCCCUAAAGAUUGGAGAAGGUGGAUAUGGAAGUAUAUUUAAAGGUAUCCUGUGUCGCACGGAGGUGGCUAUAAAAACGUUGGACCCCAAGAGCAAGCAAGGACCCUCGGAGUUUCAACAGGAGGUUAAGAUAUUGAGCAAGUUAAGGCAUCCCAAUAUUAUCACACUUAUAGGAGCCUGCCCAGAAUCAUGGACUCUUGUCUACGAGUAUCUACCCAAUGGAAACCUUGAAGAUCGUCUCAGCUGCAAGGAUAAUACACCUCCAUUAUCAUGGCAAACUCGUAUUCGCAUUGCUGCAGAACUAUGUUCUGCUCUCAUUUUUCUCCAUGCCAGUAAACCUCACAGCAUAGUGCAUGGUGACUUAAAACCCUCCAACAUCCUCCUUGAUGCAAACCUUGUUAGUAAGCUUAGCGAUUUUGGAAUCUGUCGUGUAUUAUCUUGUCAAGAGAGUGCUGCUAACAAUACUACACAGUUUUGGAUAACUGAUCCAAAGGGAUCUUUUGUCUACAUGGAUCCUGAAUUCCUUUCUACAUGUGAACUUACUCCAAAGUCAGAUGUUUACUCUUUUGGAAUCAUACUAUUAGAAUUGUUGACUGGGAAACCAGGCUUGGGAUUAAAAAAGGAAGUGCAGUGUGCAUUCGAUGCCGGAAAGUUGAAAUCUCUCUUGGAUCCUUUGGCUGGAGACUGGCCAUUUGAGCAAGCUGAGAAGUUGACUCGCUUGGCUUUGAGGUGUUGUGAGAUUGAUAGAAAGAGCAGGCCAGAACUUCAUUCAGAUGUUUGGAGGAUACUUGAACCAAUAAGGGCUUCUUCUGGAGGCACAAACACCUUUGGACUAGGUUCUCAAGGGGUCUGCCAAAUUCCUCCAUAUUUUAUUUGUCCAAUCUUACAGGAAGUCAUGAGAGAUCCACAUGUGGCUGCAGAUGGUUUUUCUUAUGAAGCUGAGGCUAUACAAGAAUGGCUAAACAAUGGUAAUGACACUUCACCAAGGACAAAUUCUAAGCUUGCACAUCACAAUCUUGUUCCCAACCAUGCUAUUCGCAUUGCAAUCCAGGAUUGGCUUCAAAGUCACUGAUCAAGCUUGUCAUUUUUAAUCUUCCCUUUUUGAUUAAACUGUAGGAUUGCCUGUUUAUAAGUUUCUAGGAGACGCAGUUUAUAAUCGUCAUGUUGUAUAGGUUAGAUACUUAUGUGUUUGUGUAUCUUCAGUCAUUGUAAACAAGCAGCAUAUGAUGUACAUAUGACAAAUAUGUAUUUUGUGUAGUUAGUUAUAUUUGGCAGGGCAAUGGCGUUGCUAAUCCUGAGAAAAAGGACUAUACCAAGUUGAUAUGUAAUUAAUGAUAUGUAAAUUCAG